AACAGAGGACGCCCUACCCGAGGGAGCAGAGGGCUCGGGUGAAGUUCAGCUUCGGCUCCAGCAGGAGAGGCUCCCGCUGGACUUGGCGGUCCAAGGCACCGUGGUCCGUGCCAUCCACGAGGCGCUGAGGAGUCGCCUUCAGGAGCUUCCCGACCUGGUGCUGAGCGAGGAGGCAGUGGAGGCCAUUGCCAUGGGCAUCGAGGCCGCCCUGUUCGCCCUCACACAAGGCACCAACUGCCGCUACAAGACCAAGUACCGCAGCCUGCUCUUCAACCUGCGCGACCCCAGGAACCCAGACCUCUUUCUCAAAGUGGUUCAAGGCGAAGUCACCCCCCAUGACCUGGUGCGGAUGAGCUCCAUCCAGCUGGCCCCCCAAGAGCUGUCCCGCUGGCGGGACCAGGAGGAGAAAAGGGUCCUGGAGGUCAUCGAGCAGCAGCAGAAGGAGCUGAGCAGCCUUCCAGCCUCCAAGCUGACCCACAAGGGAGAAGUCGAGAUCCCGCGGGACCUCGACCAGACACUGGCCCUGGAGGACCUGGUGGGAUCCCUGGUGUCCGUGGACUGCAGCAGCUCUCCAGCCCUGCCUGCCACGGCCGAGGACACCACGGAGCAGCACGAGCACCACUUCCUGGACCCCCACUGCCGCAUCUGCAUGGACUGGGAUCCCGCAAGUGAGCUGCCAGGCUUCUUCAAAGCCACCAGCAACGGCAAGCACAGUGUCUUCCAGAGAGCCCCAAGCCCAGCUCCCGUGGCCACCACAGAGACGCCCAAAGCCAGGGAGACACCUCCCCCGAAGCCCCGGGACAGGCCCCAGGUGCCCGCUGCACCCACAAAGGCCCUGCCUAGCCAGCCGCCCUGGGAGGGUGCGCUUGACAUGUUCUCCAUCAAGCGGUUCCGGGUCACGGCCCAGCUGGUCUUGGGACACAGCUGUCACCUCAUCCAGGCUCUGCCCGAGGUCCUGCGCUCAGCAGGCUGCAUCCCCCCCAACACCAUCUGGGACCUUCUGGCCAGCAUCGACCCAGCCAAGGCCAAGGACACGUGCGUGAUCAGACUGUGCCCACACGGGGCUCGGGAUACCCAGAACUGCCGCCUGCUCUACUCCUACCUCAACAACAAGCAGCGCCACGGCCUGGCAGCUGUGCAGCAGGUGGGCGUGGUCCUGCUGCCCCUGCCUGCUUUCCAGCCCCUGCCCACCAGGCUGCGCCCCCUGGGAGGCCCAGGCCUGGAAGCCACUCACUCAAGCCUGUUGCUGGCCGUGCUGCUCCCCAAGGAGGGGCUUCCAGAUACAGCCGCCGCCAGCCCCUUGUGGGGAAAGCUCCGCAAGGUGGUUUCCUUCAACAGGAAAGUGGAGACGAGGUGCUACCAGCCAGAGGACAGGCGGCCAGAGGUGGCCCCGAAGGGCUCCCCUGCCCCAGGGGGCGCCCUGCAGCAGGCCCAGGGCAGGGGCAGCCUGGCUCCCAGGGGCGCCUUUGCUUGGCAGAGGGUCCCCGGAGGCAGGGGGAGACUGUCGGCAGAGCCUGGAACCUGGCAGGGUCCUGGACAAGGACAGCAGCCCCCAGAACCAGGCUGGUGCCAGUCCCGGCACUCCUGGUCAGCAGCACCGGGAGGCCGUGGCUUUGGCCUCCCGAAUCUUCAGAACCUCCACAGGGCUUCCUGUCCCCACCAAGCCCUGCUGCAGCACCUGCAGUCCCUGGUGACGGUGAGUCACCAGCUCCAAGCCUCCCUGAUGCCCCCAGGCCAGGAGCCCUGUCCCAGCUCCUCUGCCGCAUCUGGUCAGCCCCCUGCAGCCCCCGGGACGCUCAGCUACCUCUGCUGGCCCCCGGCAGCUCCAGGACUCCCUGGCUCAGCCCCUGACUCCUCUUUGGGCCCUAUAGAUGGGGCUGGCUGUGAGGGUCCCCUCCCUGGAGAGGGGUGACCCUCCUUACCCACCAGAACGGGUUGGAGACGCCCUCCCCAGUGCUGAACCCUCAACUGCUCCAGGGGAAGAUGGGGGAGGAGGAAGGGGAGGGUCAGCGUGCCCCACCUGCCCUAUUUCAGUUUCCUGUUCCUGAGUUUGUUUGGUGUUGA